AUGGCAUCGAAAAUUCCCCAACCGCCCGGGGUUCCCUUACUAGGGAAUGUCCUGGAUGUCAAUCCCAACGAAACUUGGGGCUCUUUGAUAAAGCUUUCAGAGAAAUACGGUCCAAUCUUUAAGAUAACCGUCCUGGGCAAACAGCUUGUCUUCAUUAGCAAUGUCGCACUACUAGAAGAGAUAUGCGACGAGAAGCGAUUCCGAAAAUGCGUGACAGGCCCAGUCGUGGAGAUGCGACAACUCGCCAACAACUGCCUUUUCACUGCAUACGACAACGAAAGCAUAUGGGGCGUGAGCCAUCGCAUCAUGGCCCCAUACGUUAGCGGGGCAGCAGUGGAUAAAUGCUACAGCGAUAUGGCAAACGUGAUCCCGGACCUGACCAAGAAAUGGACUUCGGGGGUCAACAAGAAGGUACUUUUCACCAGUGAUCUCGACCGUCUAUUGAUGACAUCAGUCAUGCAAUGCUUCUUCAACCAGCGGAUUGAUAUCCUCGAAGGACCUGAGCACCCUCUCAUCCACGCCUGGGAGUCUAUCACAUGGGAAGCAAUGAAGCGACCUACCCGGCCGAAGAUGCUGAAUUGGCUGUUGUAUGAGCGCGACUUUAAGAACAAUAUCAAGUACAUGCGCGGAUUCGCGACGGAGAUCGUCAAGAGCCGGAAAGAGAAUGCCUCGCAGGUUCGCGAUGAUCUUUUGAACGGGUUGCUUCAUGCUGCCGAUCCUCAGACUGGCGAAAAGCUUACCGAAACCCAAGUCAUCGACGAAGUGGUGACCAUGUUUAUCGGUGCCGCGACCUCAGCCAAUCUUGUCGCUUUCGCUUUAUACUACCUUAUCAAGAAUCCGGAGAGUAUCACCAAAGCGAGAGCUGAGAUUGAUUCGGUUGUCGGUCCAGAUGAGCAAAUACAGCUUGAAGACCUUAAGAAGCUACAAUACUGCGAGAGUAUCAUCAGAGAAUCUCUUCGGCUUUCUGCUACGGCACCGGGCUUCAACAUUGAACCCAUCCCCAGGGCAACAGAUGAUAAGAGUCCCGUUCUGCUCGCCGGAGGCAAAUACCAAAUCCCAUAUAAUCAGGCCAUGAUCUGCAUUCUCCACACUGUGAACCGAGAUCCUGAGGUCUUCGAGAACCCAGAGACAUUCAGUCCAGAGCGGGUUCUUGGGGAGAAAUGGCAUAACCUUCCUAAAGGAGCCAAGAGGAACUUUGGGAAUGGUAAACGUGAGUGUUAUGGGACGAUGUGGGCGUGGCGUUGGUCUAUCUUCACACUUGUUAGCAUUCUCAAGGACGUUGAUCUUGCGUUUGAAGAUCCAAAUUACGAACUCACUUGCAAUGGGGCUUUCACUGUGAAGCCUCUGGAGUUCAACGGUCUUGUCAACCCUCGUAAGAGGUAG